CUGUCUUUACGACAGUUAUUUAGUUUAUAAUAUUUUCGCUUAGUAAUUCAUUCAAUAGUAUUUUCUAGUUAGAAUUAGAAGUGUUUAAAGUGUAUUCAUUGCAUGUAAAAUAUAUCGGCAUGCGAUGACGUCACAUCCGGUUUCGCCGCGUCUUGUGGGAAAACACCGGUUUGAAAUUAGCGCGAGGGUGGGGGCUUUCCACGAGGCUCACCUGAGCACAAGCAGUUUUGCAGGCAUGAGAAAUCACAGUGAGAGCAACGCUUUUUCACCAUAUGUUAAUGUGAAGAGUGAACAGUAAAUGGUUAAUCUUACUGCGAUCUGGUUCUUAUUAACUGUGGUUUAUCCGGACGUUAAAUUCGGCGUUUCGUUACACCCGAAGGAGAACGUGACAGUGAAAAAGCGGCAUUAUCAGGUGUUUCAAGUGCUGCAAUGUCAGCUCAAUCCAGCAUCAAGUCGACGCCGCCCAGCGACAAGGGCAGUAAACCGACAUCAAGUAAGCCCACCCGGGCGUUAUCAGGUGUUCCAAGUGCUGCAAUGUCAGCUCGAUCCGGGAUCAAGUCGAUGGCGCCCAGCGACAAGGGCAGUAGAACGACAUCAAGUAAGUCCGCACAGGCAAGAGCCAAGGCAGAAGCCGCCAAGGUGCGACUGCAUUACGCCAAACAAGAAGCAGUUUUGAAAAUGAAACUGGCCACCAGAGAAGCCGAAAAGGCUGCCAGAGAAGCCGAAAGGGCCGCCAGAAAGGCAGAAGCCGCCAAGGUGCUACUGCGUUACGCCAGACAAGAAGCAGUUUUGAAAAUGAAACUGGCCACCAGAGAAGCCGAAAUCCAGAAAGAAGAGGCUGCCAGAGAAGCCGAAAUCCAGAAAGAAAGGGCCGCCAGACAAAGAGAAGAGGCUGCCAGAGAAGCCGAAAUCCAGAAAGAAAGGGCCGCCAGACAAAGAGAAGAGGCUGCCAGAGAAGCCGAAAUCCAAAGAGAAGAGGCUGCCAGAGAAGCCGAAAUCCAGAAAGAAAGGGCUGCCAGAGAAGCCGAAAUCCAGAAAGAAAGGGCCGCCAGAGAAGCCGAAACCCAGUUGGAAAUGGCAAAAAUAUCGACAGAGUUGCAAGUGCUGCAGCUAGAAAGAGAAGAAGCUGCUGCCAUGGCGGAAGCAAAGUACAUAGAAGAAGCUGAAGGGUCGCGUGAUCUUACCGCAGCAAGAUCUACUUUAGAAAGGACCAGACUGGAACGCACAAGCGACUAUGUACAAUCUCAAAUAGACAGGCAGGCUCGUCUCCCCUCUCCAUACGUAUUCGAUAACUUCCCCAGCUACGAGGAACCUCAGAGAGUCACGAUUGCAUCACAUCCAUACGAGGAAGGAAAUUUACCCUCACGGCUCCGUGAUGAAGUCAAGAAUGAAAGAACCGACAACGCUCCUUCACCCCCACAACAGGACGGCGGGGAGGGAGAGGUUCACUCCAGGACAACAAUUGUCAGCUCGAACUGUACAGAAGUUUGCGGUCAAACUCAGUCAAGCCGUUCUUGUUCCGAGAUCUGCCUCACUGAGGUGUACCCUAAAGAAGCACAACAAGACAUUACCAAGCGUAAAGUAACCGACGAGACGCUAGGUCAGUCAGUUUUCGUUCAAACCGAGCACGGAAACAAACUUGCACAAUCAGCUCAAGAUACCAUUUCUUUAAAACCCAAAGACACCAAGGUCUUCAGAGAUGAAGCAAAUAAUGGGGUUGCCCCAUUGCCAAUCAGAGAACCACGCCAGCGCUCACCAGAUAACAAAGAGCAGGCAGUCAAACGGUUCACGUCCUUACGGAAAACUCGGAAAAGGAAACCUGAGAUGCAGCAACGCACCCGAUUGGCCCACGAGGUACUGUGCACCCUAAUGGCAGAGGUCACAGCCAUUAUAAACGCACAAUCAUUCCUACCUGUGUCUUCUGACCCAGAAAACCCCUUUAUACUUUCGCCAUCAACGCUCCUUACGCAGAAGGCAGGAGCACCUCCUCCACCAGGAGACUUCUCAGACAAGGAUUUGUACACAAAGCAAUGGAGACAAGUCCAGGCUCUGGCAAAUCAGUUCUGGCCUCGCUGGAGACAAAAAUAUCUACCUUUGUUGCAACAGAGACAGAAGUGGACAGAACCCCGCAGGAAUCUUCAAGUUGGAGACUUAGUCCUGCUCAGGGACAAGCAAGCCGCUCGCAACAGCUGGCCAACGGCCAGAAUCACUGUUACAUUCCCUAGCGGGGAUGGACAUGUCAGGAAGAUCGAAUUGAAGACUACCGACCAAGGCGAUGUGAAACUUUACCAAAGGCCAGUUACAGAAGUUAUUCUACUUCUACCCAAUGACUGAUUAAGAGACUAAGUUUUGUACUCUGCUCAUUGUGACCUUACGAAGGUCAAGCGGGGAGUGUGCUGUCUUUACGACAGUUAUUUAGUUUAUAAUAUUUUCGCUUAGUAAUUCAUUCAAUAGUAUUUUCUAGUUAGAAUUAGAAGUGUUUAAAGUGUAUUCAUUGCAUGUAAAAUAUAUCGGCAUGCGAUGACGUCACAUCCGGUUUCGCCGCGUCUUGUGGGAAAACACCGGUUUGAAAUUAGCGCGAGGGUGGGGGCUUUCCACGAGGCUCACCUGAGCACAAGCAGUUUUGCAGGCAUGAGAAAUCACAGUGAGAGCAACGCUGUAAGUUAAUAGAUAAUCGAUAUAUUGAACUAAGAUAUUAAUGCUGAUCCUGUUAGAGGUAACGUCGGUAGAUAAUGUUUAUGCUUUCGUUAGUUAAAGAGUCGCGGAUAGUUUGCAUGGAAGUGUAUUUAAAGUAGUCAAUGGAGCAGGUAAACUCUCCCUGUAUACUGCACCUUAGUGUAAUGUAGUUAUAGUCACCUUUGCAAGUAUUUACACUUGAAAUGUGAUAUUAAGGAAGGAACAAAUACUGUAUCAAUCUUGUAUUGUUUUAUCAA